AUGUGCAGAUGGACGCCCUCCGUCGCUCACCUCCAUCCUCCUGAACAAGCUCCUGACGCCGCGGCCUCCGCCAGGCGACAACCUGGCCCGCUGCCCGGCACGGCCUCCUUCUGCCUGGCAUGCCUGUCCUUGCUGCUGGCCGCCGCCGGUGCCGUGUCUGGGGCCUGCCACCCUGGGCUAGGGCACGAGCCCCUGCAGGUUCUGGCGGGCGGCACAAACUGCUCGUGGACGUUGGAGAGGCACACGAGAAGUUACAAUCACCUGGAGGGCGACGUGCGGCUGCGGCGGCUUUACUCGGCCAACAAGUUCUUCCUGUGCAUUGACAAAACGGGCAAGGUGGACGGCACGCGGCGGAAAAACUAUGCUGACAGUCUGAUGGAAAUCCGAUCUGUCAGUGUGGGAGUUGUUGCCAUCAAGUCUGUCAGCACCGGGCUGUACUUAGCCAUGUCCAAGAAAGGCACGCUCUUCGGAUCGAUCAAGUACAACUCAAGCUGCAAGUUCAAGGAGCGCAUCGAGGAGAACGGCUACAACACGUACGCCUCACUACGCUGGAAGCACGGCGGCAGGCAGAUGUUUGUUUCGCUGAACGGGCGGGGGAAGCCACGGCGAGGCCACAAGGCCAGGAGACAACACCCGUCCACUCACUUCCUGCCCAUGCUGCCCUCCUAGCUCGCUUGGCACUGGAAGCGGCGACCCGGAUGUCUUCA